GCGAUAGAGAACGAGAACGCCAACGGCUAGCAACCGCGCUAGUCAGUUUGGUUUUUUUUUUCCGUGUUUGAUAAUUAAUCCCGUUCUGCAGUGGUUACAAUGUCCGGAGGAACACACCCCGGCUUUCCGGGGACAAGCCAAGCAUUGGCUCACCGUAAAAAAGACAGCAGUCCUUCGGCUCGGUUUUGGGAGUGUCCGGACACUUUAGCCCAGCUGGAGGUGGUGCGGCAGUGGAUCGGGAAGCACUACAAAAAGUAUGUGUUGGUGGAUGCUCCAUCUUGCCAGGUCCUGGCUGCAGUCACCUUGCAGCUUCUCCAGUUUCAGGAGGAUGCUUUUGGCAGACAAGCUCCAGACCCUGCAAUCACAAAGCUACCAGCCCAUUGCUUCCUGGAAUUGCAACCAGGUGGAGGACUAUGUCACAUCCUUGGCACUGCUUACAAAUUCAAGGUUGAGCAGGGCUGGAGAAGGUUUGACCUCCAGAAUCCAUCAAGAACUGAGAGAAAUGUAGAGAUGUUUGUUGCAAUUGAAAAAGCUCUAAUCCAGAACAACUGUAUAUCGCUGCCUCUGGUUUUCAUUGAUCCUGCUGUUGAUGUGGAGCUGUCCAGUAGGCUCGUUGGUAUUAUCAUCAAACACAAGGGGGCAAUUACUGAGGACAGGAUAAUGGCCAGUCAUCACGUAUACGGCUCACUUGCUUCUACAGAGGAGGAUGAGUGGAUGCGUCCUGUUAUGCGAAAGGAUAAACACGUUUUGGUCCACUGGGGCAUGCACCCUGACAGUUAUGACAGCUGGCUGUCCUCAAGUGAUGUGGAAGGAGACGUGGAAGAGCUGCCACACUUAGAAAGGCCAUGGAGGGUUAAUGCAGGUUGGAUCCUGGACACAGACGUGUUUAAUGAGUGGAUGAAUGAAGAGGACUACUAUGUGAAUGAGAGAAAUGUGCCACUCAUCCUUCGACAGCGAAUCCACCUUAAAGAGGAUCAGGACUCUAAGUCCACACCAUCCAAAAAGAGGAGGCGUUCGCCCUCUCCAUCCACUGAUGGCAGGAAAAAAGGAAAAAAAGGGAGAAGGCGGGGCCAACAGGAAGAGGAGCCAGAGGAGGACCUGACCAAAGACAUGGAAGACCCAACGCCAGUGCCAAACAUGGAGGAAGUCAUUCUCCCAAAGAAUGUGAACCUGAAGAAAGAUAGUGAGAAUACACCAGUAAAGGGAGGCAUCAUGGCUGAUCUUGAUGAUCAGGAUGAUGAUUUUCCUGGAAGGGAAGAAGAUGAGGGAAGAAGUGAAAUUCCUCGCCUAUUAGAGGGAGAGGAAAAUAUCACAGAGCAAACUCAUCACAUCAUAAUACCAAGCUACACAUCAUGGUUCAAUUAUAACAGCAUUCACUCCAUAGAGAAACGGGCUCUUCCUGAAUUCUUCAACAGCAAGAACAAAUCCAAAACCCCAGAAAUCUUCCUGGCAUAUCGUAACUUCAUGAUAGACACAUACAGACUCAACCCGCAAGAAUACCUCAGCUCUACGUCCUGCAGGCGAAACCUGACAGGAGACGUCUGUGCUCUUAUAAGGGUUCAUGCAUUUUUAGAGCAGUGGGGGUUGAUCAACUACCAAGUGGAUGCAGAGAGCCGACCUCUCCCUAUGGGACCUCCUCCAACACCUCAUUUUAAUGUUCUUGCCGACACACCAUCUGGGCUAGCCCCCCUGCAGCACAAGCCGCUUCAGGUUUCCGCCUCGCAGCACAUGUUGAAUUUCCCAGAGAAGAACAGAGAGAAACCUUCAGACUGCCAGAACUUUGGUCUGCGCACCGACAUCUAUGCCAGGAAACAUCCAAAGACUAAAGGAGCAAAUGCAGGACGAGAAUGGACAGAGCAGGAGACAUUGUUACUGUUGGAGGCCUUAGAAGUCUACAGAGACGACUGGAACAAAGUAUCAGAGCAUGUUGGCUCCAGAACACAGGAUGAAUGCAUCCUACACUUUCUACGUUUGCCCAUUGAGGACCCUUACCUGGAGGACUCGUCUGCCUCUCUUGGCCCACUGGCAUAUCAGCCUGUACCUUUCAGCCAAUCAGAAAACCCCGUUAUGAGCACUGUGGCCUUCCUGGCGUCUGUGGUAGAUCCGCGUGUGGCUUCGGCUGCAGCGAAGGCAGCACUGGAGGAGUUCUCAAAAGCACAGGAGGAUGCGCUGUAUAAAAUUUCUGACCCCUCCUUCCAGCCAGAACAGACAGAUACAAUGGAAGCUGAAAAUCUGGACUCCAACUCCCAUCAGGGUCCUGUAAGAAUGGAUGGAGUCAAAAUGGAGCCUGGCAUGUCAAAAGUGGAGGGGGAUAAAGUUAAAAGAGAACAUGGAGAAAGUAUGUUGGGAGACGAAGGCGAUGGCAGGGGAGAAGAUGGUGAGAACAGGCGGGAGGGAGAAGGAGAUGAUGGAAAGAGGAUGAUGGAGCUGGAGCUGGUGGAGGGAAGUGUUUCCACGGCAGCAGCGGCUGCUCUAUCAUCUGCUGCCUCAAAGGCCAAGCACUUAGCAGCUGUAGAAGAGAGAAAGAUCAAGUCCCUGGUGGCUCUACUGGUGGAGACACAGAUGAAGAAGCUGGAGAUCAAACUGAGACAUUUUGAAGAGCUGGAAACCAUCAUGGACAGAGAGAAGGAGGCUUUGGAGCAGCAGCGCCAACAGUUGCUGACGGAGAGACAGACUUUCCAUACUGAGCAACUAAAACAGGCAGAGAUGAAGGUUCGCCAGCAAAGGGAGCAGCACGGUCAGGCGGGUUACACGAUCCAACAUUCAGGCCAAUCUGUGGCCAACAGAAUGGUACCUGGUGGAGGAAACGCACAGACAAUGGCCCCUCGACACUCCGGAGCUCCAAAUGGAAUGUACCCGUCGUCACAACCUGAUGGAAUAGCAUCUGCUCAGCCCACCCCUCCAUCAUCCAGUCACAGCUGAACUGACCAGCGAACAGGACUUUGCUUCAAAGAAGGAUGAAUAGAUCUGAUUGAUCAGAAAUAAAACUGAAGUCUGUAAA